CAGACAGAAUAAAAUAAUUUUAUGACGUUUUCAAAUGAACUCAAGUCACGUUCAACAUAUGCCUCAAGGGCACGCUGAGGCCAGCAUUUCUAGAAGCCUGAAACACAUCUGUGGCAACAGCACAGCUGCAUUAGAGCUAUUUGAGCGUGUGUCUUUUGUGAGGGAGUAAUUCAGGCCAGUCUGACUGGAGCUCUGGGACUCUGCCACAGACAUGCACUGAGACCAGACCUGCUCCAACCUGGAUGGAUCAGAGACUACAGAGGCUGCAGAGGAAAUCAUCUCCACCGAAGUUGGAUGUUUUGGUUUGAGGCUUUGCUGGGAAUUGCCAUUGACUUUUGGAAGGUUGCAAUUACCAGACUGGAAUAAUGUCCAUGGACUGGCGUGGAGGUGAAAGGCUGCUUAUAGGCUUGUUUGUGAUCCUUAUCCUGAGGCUCAGCCACUGUGCUGGACAAAGCUAUGAACGCUGGGAGGCUGGGUCCUCAUGCUAUGGAGGGUUUGACCUUUACUUUGUGCUGGACAAGUCUGGAAGUGUACAGCACCACUGGAAUGAGAUCUACUACUUUGUUGAUCACCUUGCACACAAGUUCAUCAGCCCCCAGCUCCGUAUGUCCUUCAUAGUCUUUUCAACGGAGGGAAGGAUCUUGAUGAAACUGACCGAAGACAGGGAUCAGAUUCGUGCUGGGCUGGAGGAACUUCAGCGAGUCUUACCAGGUGGAGAUACCUUCAUGCACAAAGGUUUUCAGAGGGCAAGCGAGCAGAUAUACUACGGAACAGGUGACGGAUACCGCACAGCGAGUGUCAUCAUUGCUCUGACAGAUGGAGAAUUGCGCGAGAAUGAAUUUGACUUGGCAGCCAGAGAGGCUGGUCGUUCACGUCAGCUGGGAGCUUCUGUGUACUGUGUUGGAGUGAAAGACUUUAAUGAAACCCAGCUGGCAACAAUAGCUGACAGCAAAGAUCACGUCUUCCCUGUUAAUGAUGGCUUUGAAGCCCUGCAAGGGGUCAUCGAUUCGAUCCUGAAGAGAUCCUGUAUAGAGAUCCUCGCUGUGGAGCCCUCAAGUAUUUGUGCAGGAGAAUCCUUUGAGGUGGUAGUUCGAGGGAACGGAUUCCUUCACGCCCGCGAUGUGAACAGAAUCCUUUGCAGCUUCCGUAUCAACAACACCCUCACCGUGAUGAAGAGGCCUCUGGUAGUUGAAGACACAUACCUGCUCUGCCCAGCGCCUGUACUGAAGGAGGAGGGAACGACUGCCUCCCUCCAUGUCAGUAUGAACAACGGCCUGAGUUUUAUCUCCAGUUCUGUGACCAUCACGACUGUCAGCUGUACCGACGGAACAUUCUUGGCCAUAGCACUGCUGAUACUGCUGCUGCUGAUCACUAUGGCGACACUCUGGUGGUUUUGGCCCCUCUGUUGCACAGUGAUCGUCCAUGAGCCGCCGUCACCAGUCAUGGACUACAGUUCGGAUGAAGAGGAUGAAGCCUACCCAAAGAAGAAAUGGCCGACAGUGGACGCCUCGUAUUACGGUGGGAGAGGAGUUGGUGGCAUUAAAAGGAUGGAAGUGCGCUGGGGAGAUAAGGGAUCCACUGAAGAAGGAGCCAAACUGGAGAAGGCAAAGAAUGCUCGGGUGAAGAUGCCAGAGCAAGAGUUUGAGUUUCCGUCCACACAUACCCUAAAUAAUGGAAUGCGGAAACCCAUCUCCCCUCAGAAGUGGUACUCCCCAAUCAAGGGGAAACUGGAUGCCUUGUGGGUGUGGCUUAGGAGAGGAUAUGACCGCGUGUCUGUGAUGAGACCUCAGCCGGGAGAGAAGGGUCGCUGUAUGAAAUUUACCCGUGUGAGAUCCUGCCCGCCCCCUCGAUACCCGCUUUACAACAACCCCUCGAGCCACAUCUACAGCACAAGCUUCCUACCACCCUCGUCACCCAGCACCUUGCCUCCGCCCCCUCAGGCGGCUCCGCCCGGACGAGCCCCGCCCCCUUCUCGUCCACCACCACACCCAGGCCCUGAGGAACCGCAGUGCUACCAGGACUGA